CAAAAAAAAAAAAAACAUUGAAGAAUUUUGACCUGUGUGGCAUGCCGUAGAUGCUGCGCGCAUUGCCGCUUGGGAUAGCGUAUGGUUCGUGAGGUAAAUAAAGAUGACAACCGCCGCCAGACCCACAUUUGAGCCUGCACGGGGAGGGAGAGGGAAAGGAGAGGGAGAUUUAAGUGCUCUGUCUAAACAGUAUUCAAGCAGAGAUCUUCCAUCACACACAAAAAUCAAAUACAGACAGCCCACUCAGGAUGCCCCAGAGGAGAUCCGCACUCGUGACUUCCGCCGUGAGCUGGAGGAGAGAGAGCGAGUUGCUGUGAGAGAGAAGACCAGAGACAGACCAGCCAGGGAGCAUACAACCUCUUCCUCCUCCUCCUCCUCUUCCAAGAGGCCCCGGUUAGACCAGAUUCCAGCAGCCAACCUUGAUGCAGACGAUCCCCUCACAGAUGAUGACGAGGAUGAAAACUCUGAUGAGGACAGUGAUGACGACACCGCCGCCCUGCUGGCUGAACUCGACAAGAUCAAGAAGGAGCGCGCCGAAGAGCAUGAGCGCAAGGAGCGUGAGCAGAAGGCAGAGGAGGAGCGGAUCCGCAUGGAGAACAUUCUGAGUGGAAACCCUCUGCUCAACCUGGCAGGGCAGCAGCAACCAGCACAGCAACAGCUGGUGCCGGCACAGACAGCCUUCAGUGUCAAAAGAAGGUGGGAUGACGAUGUUGUAUUUAAGAACUGCGCCAAGGGCAUUGAUGAGGCGAAGAGGGAGAAAAGAUUUGUGAAUGACACCCUGCGAUCUGAAUUUCACAAGAAGUUCAUGGAAAAGUACAUCAAAUAGCCAAUGGGUUGCUUCUCUCGCGGACAUUUGCUGAAAAAACAAACCUCGUUCUUACCGCUUCUACGGUGAAGUUUUGUGUUUUGGUUUAUCUACGUCAAUCUCAUUGGUUUUUUGAAGGGAUUCUUACUUUAUUCAGACUGACUCAUAUUGAAUUGGAUGUACAGUACAUUGUCAAGUUUUUGUUGUUUUUUGCCCCCCGCGAUUUUUAGAAACAACUCUUUUAUCAAAUAGUCAGUAAGUUAAUUUUAAAAAGCAGUUCUACAACUAGAUGUUUCAUUUAUUUGAAUUUUUGUGUCCAUAGAUUCAGUUUUGAGCCACUAUAAUACAAGUCAUAAACAAAUAAUAAACUUUUUUUUUUAUAUAAGUAUAAAAAUGUCACCUGUCUUUAUUUGUGGUAUACAAAUUAUGUAUAGCUUAUAAUGGUAAGGAUAACAAAGUCCGGCCUCAUUAGCAUCACAGCUUUAUUUCUUCAUUAUUAUUUUUCUGCAUUGUGUUUACUGAUCACUUUGAAUUGGCAAGUCUAAUUGAGCCUGUUCCUCGCUUGUCUGUGUUGUCAGUGCUUUUCAGUAUAACUGUAGUUGUGGAGAUUCAUGUAAUCGUGUGGGUGCUGCAGUCCUACUCUUGUGUGUGUGUGUGUGUAGUAACACAGCUAGUUGCCUAAUCGGUUCGAAAAAUGAAGCUACAAAUUUCCAGUUUUCAUGAUUAAAAAAAUACCAACAUA